AUGGCAAGCGCGUGGCUGGCGGGAGAGCUGUGUCAUUAUCAGCCGCCACCCAAAUGCUGGGGUAUGACCAAAUACAACCCCAAAGACCGUACUCACCAGGUCAUCGGCCUCGGUCUUCUGCUUUUCUUUCGCCUCGACACUUUGACAUUCAUGCACCGCCACAGCUGUCCUCACUCAGCCGCACCUAGCGCCUCAGGCGGCACUGCCAUGAAGCCUGGGCUCAAUCGCCUUCAAAAGAGCGAGUUUCCCUCCACUCACGGCUGGACGCACCCUACACCCGGUAUCGAUCGUUACGCUAGCGGAACCGUGUUUGAAGGGAAGAAGUUAUGGGAACUCUGCUCCUCAUUCAAGCAUGCCAAGUGCGAGAUCGCCAAGCAGAUUCUUCACGUCAAGAACCACUGGAUGCGUGUCAACUUGUAG